AUGCGUGCUUCUUUCUUUCUAUUCCUAGCAACCGUCUUCCUCGGCACAGCUGAAGCUGGGCUGCGCCAUAUCUACGAAAAUAUUUACACCUACUUGGUGUACCAGUUGGAGCUGAAUUUGCCUGAAAACGAGCGCAUUGUUGGUGUCAAGUGCGCUUCCGCCGACUACAAAACCCAAAGAUGCCUGGAUCCGGGAAAUGGGGCGCCCAGACACAAGCACUGCAAGGGAACAGUUUCCAUCGUUGUCAAGGGCACAACAAUCCCAGACACUUGCAGCUUGCGAGAGUUUCUCAGCCACAUCAGUGGAAACAAGGGAUCUCGCGCAAACCAGCCACUGGACGGAGCUGAUGUCAAGAAUUGGAGAAACGUUCCCCUCCUUGGGAGGCGAGUUGGUGAGAAUUCGGUGAAUUUCGACAUCGACUAUGCAGCAGAUCAGAUGAUGGACAAAAGAAUCGGCAACAUGCAGGCUCCUACGUAUUGCAAAGUGAAGGACGGCCAAGGGUAUAUGUCGAGUUUGGACAGAAUGGCCAAACGAGUCGGCGAAAUCAAGCGAGGAAUGACAGCGGACGAAAUCAUUGACAAGAAGUCGCUGUUUAAGGGAUUGGACACUGCCGCGGACGCUGUUGUCGACAGCCGAAUUGUCGACUCGGACAAGUAUCUUAUUCCACAGUUGGAAAAGGCGGCCAAAGGAUAUAGAAUCGCUACCAAAUCCCAGUUCGACGGUCGCAUGUUCAUGUAUCGGGAAACCGUAGACCGGAUUAGGAGCUCAGCUGCUGGCAUGGGAGAGUCGACUGUCAACUCCAGAAUUGAAGCGCUAGAAAAUGAGAUCAAGGCGUUUAGGAACUCAAGAGAAGCAAAAGCUCACGCAGCGCCAAUAGAGAAGUGGCGACAGAUGAAAGAUCUCAUGGUGCGUGUACCAGGAUGCGAGCUGCGGCCGUGA